AUGAGCUCCCGGUCAACACAAGAUCUACGGCAUCUGCAGCCGUUGGUGACUCGCACUUGGACCAACCGGACGAUGCAGACACAGUCCGAGCGAAAGACAAUGCGGACCAAGAUAACUGGGGGUGCCACGGAGACCGAGAUGAUUAAGGAGAAAACUCGGACGACAGACAGAGAGUCAACACAGAAGAUCACUGGUCCACCUGAUCUCCCCAUCUUAAAUGCUCAAGUCGCACAGCCCCCAUCACAACCUCCUUCAUCACCCACGGAGUCUGCUUUACUCAGUUCGGUCACUCAAGAUGCUCCAGAGACGCCUCCUUCCUCACCCUCUUCUACAUCCCACUCAAGUGAUGAUUUGUGGGCUCAAGUGGAGGACUUAUCAGGCCUUAUAAAUGGAAUAGAUUUAGGCACUUGA